UGUGUGCAAGAGGUCUGGUCCCCAGCUUUAAAAUUCUGGACGCACCGAGUGCUGACCUCUCCUCUCCCCCCGCAGUGGUGGCUAGCCCUUCCCAAGUGUGCAGUUGUCUCCUCCCUGUCCAGCCCGGCGGCGGUCGUCCCGCGCCCAGCUGGGCUACAAGUGGCCGAGUGCUGCAGCCCUGCGCAGCGCGCUCUGCACACAGGCGUCUUGGCUUGCGGCUCCGCGGGCUCUACGAAGUUGAGCAGCUAGCUGCUCAGCCUGUGGCAUCUCCCGCGGGUCCCCAGCUCCCUGCCUCUCUCUCUCCCUUCCCUCGGAGCAGCGGGUCGUAGUGAGCCAGCAGCCCUCUCGGGGCUCCCUGCCUGAAGUGUGCAACUAUGCUGCUAAGGGGAAUCCUGCUGGGAGUGCAAGCCUUGCAGCUUGCCAGUGCCCUGGACCUGCCCGCUGGCUCCUGUGCCUUUGAAGAGGGCACUUGUGGCUUUGACUCGGUGUUUGCAUUUCUGCCUUGGAUUCUAAAUGAGGAAGGCCAUUACGUUUAUGUGGACACCUCUUUUGCCAAGCAAGGGGAGAAAGCCAUGCUGCUGAGUUCUGAUUUGCAGGCUGAGGAAUGGAACUGCCUUCGCCUGGUCUACCAGAUAACCACACCUCCGGGGUCUGUCUCAGAUCCCAGCCAACUGAACCUCUAUGUGAGAUUUGAGGAUGAAAGUUUCGAUCGCUUGCUUUGGUCCACUAAGGAGCCUUCAGACAGCUGGCUCAUAGCCAGUCUGGAUCUUCAAAACAGCUCCAAGAAAUUCAAGAUUUUGAUAGAAGGUGUCCUGGGACAAGGGAACACGGCCAGCAUUGCCCUCUUUGAAAUCAAGAUGACAGCCGGCUACUGUAUUGAGUGUGACUUUGAAGAAAACCAUCUGUGUGGCUUUGUGAACCGCUGGAAUCCCAACGUGAACUGGUUUGUUGGAGGAGGAACUGUGAAGAACACCCACUCCAUCCUCCCAGAGGACCACACGUUCAGGAGCGAGCAGGGUGAGCUGGCCGCAAAUGCAGUCUUCUGCCCAGGGCGAACCUUGCCUUCCACUCCCACCUCCUGGCUUUUGUCAACAGAAGAAAGGGUGGGGAUCACCCUGGGAGACCCGGUGGAAGAGGAAGGAAGGAAGGACAGUCUGUGGGACAGACAACUGGCCCCCUGGUGGUCAAGUACACUCUGCAAGGAAAACGCAGAGGCGAGGCUCUCGGGAAGCGCAGAAGGAGGGCAGGAGGAGAAAGCUUCUGGAAGAGAAACUAGGGAAGUAAGGAGAGAGAGGGAGGAGUGGGGAGCAACGUGUGGGGAAAGUCUGAAAGGGCUGAAUGCAGGAGCAGAUUUCAACGUCACCGACAAUGAGAAGCCAGCGGAGGUCCGUGGUUCUGCUGUGUCUGUCCCGAUUUCUGCACUGUGUUCUCUCGCGCUACUGCUGCUAUACACCAUUGCUGGCUUUGGGGGCGAAUCGCGGAGAAGGGCAAUACGGUUCAGUGUACAGCAAAAUGAAGCGCAAGGGAAGCAUAAAGACUCGGCGUAUUCUUCCACUGGCUGCGUGCCUCCUUUAAUUAUUCGCACAGCUUACUUACCGCUUGGAAUCAAGAGUAAGAACAUAUGUAAAUAUAUGCUGCCUGCCAUUUUUCCUUCCCAGGUUAUUUUCGAAGUUGCUUUCAAUGGUCCCAAAGGAGGCUAUGUUGCCCUGGAUGAUAUUUCUUUCUCUCCUGUUCACUGCCAAAAUCAGACAGGGCUUCCUUUCAGCGCUGUGGAAAGCAGCUGUGAUUUUGAGGAAGGCCUCUGCAACUUUCACCAAGACAAAGAAGGUCCCGGUUGGACCAGAGUGAGGGUGAAACCGAACAUGUAUCGGGCAGGGGACCACACCACAGGAACUGGGCAUUACCUGCUGGCCAACACUAAGUUUACAUCCCAGCCUGGUUACAUCGGGAGGCUUUACGGUCCCUCCUUACCAGGAAACAUGCAGUACUGUGUGCGCUUUCACUAUGCCAUCUUCGGGUUUUUGAAAAUGAGCGACACCCUCGCGGUUUAUAUCUUUGAAGAAAACCACGUGGUUCAAGAGAAGAUCUGGUCUGUGCUCGAGUCCCCGAGGGGUGUUUGGAUGCAAGCUGAAAUCAGCUUUAAGAAGCCCAUGCCCACAAAGGUGGUUUUCAUGAGCCUAUGCAAAAGCUUUUGGGACUGUGGACUUGUAGCCUUAGAUGACAUUACCAUACAAUUGGGAAACUGCCGGGCUCCAGAGAGACUUCCACCUGCACCUGGAGAGUGCACGUUCGAUCAAGAUGAAUGUGCGUUUACACAGGAAAAAAGAAACCGGAGCAGCUGGCACAGGGGGAGAGGAGAAACCCCCACCUCUUACACAGGACCGAAGGGAGAUCACACUACUGGGGUAGGCUACUACAUGUAUAUCGAGGCCUCCCACAUGGUGUAUGGACAAAAAGCACACCUUUUGUCCUGGCCCCUGAGAGGCGUCCCUGGGAAACACUGCUUGACUUUCUUCUACCACAUGUAUGGAGCAGGAACUGGCCUGCUGAGCGUUUUUUUGAAAACAGAAGAAGAGAGCAAAGAGUCCCUGUUGUGGAGAAGACAAGGGGAGCAGAGCAUCUCCUGGCUGCGGGCACUGGUUGAAUACAGCUGCGGGAGGCAACACCAGAUCAUUUUUGAAGCUGUUCGGGGAGUGUCAAUAAGAAGUGAUAUUGCCAUUGAUGAUGUCAAAUUUCAGUCAGGACCAUGUACAGAAAUGGAAGACACAACUCAACAAUCAUCAGGAUAUUCUGAAGACUUAAAUGAAAUUGAGUAUUAAGAAAUCAUCUACAUUGGGUUAAGUAGACAAAAUUUGUACCUCUCUUCAAUCAAAGUGAAAACAGAAGAAAUGAAUACUGGAUAUUCUUAACUAUUGCAUAAGUUGAAAUGACUUCAGAACACCCCUUUCAUUACUUUUGAAAACUAUAUAUAUAUUGACUCAGGGCUUUCCUUUUUUAUUCCCCUGCACAUUUGACAACUGUUACUAGAAGUACAGGCUACUGAUUUUACAUAGAUCAUUUCAUCUUAAUUUUGGUGCCAGUUAAAAAUACAAAUGUACUAUGUUAAAGUCAUUUCAAAGUGCACACAUGAAGGGCACAAUCAAAGUGAAUGUGCAUAUUUAAGUCUGCAUUCAGUGAAUGUAUUGAGAGACUAGGUCUUGGUGGUAUUUCCUUUGAGUUUCAAGUAUGAAAAUUUGUCUUAAAUCAUGCAAAGUGUCAGUAAUAUCUGCAAAAUGAAUGCAGUUUUAUGGUAACAAGUUAUUCUGGAAAUAAAGCAUCAUUUAUGCAUUAUAGUCACAGAAGAAAGCUAUAAAUCUUUACUGUUACAUCACCAUAGGUAUAGGAAAGGAGCUUUCAUGGAGCCCCAGGGUAAGUCCAUGCUAAUUAGCACUGCAGUACAAGACAAUGCUACCUGCUUUCUUCUCCCUUUGAACUACCUUGGACAGGCACUAUGAGCACAUGGACAGAAAUGCACCUUUCAGUAAGGCAAGCUUGAAUUUUUCUUGUACACACACCCAACAAUUUUUAUAAACUUGUUCAACAAUUCGACUGAUUUUUAUAAUAAAUGUUUUGGUGACAUUUUGAGUAAUAUGAGUUCAACUACAUUUACUAAACUAUUAUUUUCUAUUUACUCAGAGAAUUGUAUAUAUGUGUGCAAUUGUGUGGCAAGUAGCUGUUGUAAAACUUCAAAAUUAACUAAUAAAAGAUCAUUUGAAACUCCUUU